AUUAUUUGUGGGUGCGCGAGCGUGUUUUGUUAUUUCCUCCUUUCCUCUUUCCGUGUGUUCAUUUCCGCAUUUGGAAACUGUUCUUUUUCCUCUUUCUCACACAGCUGCGCUAUAGCUAUCAGCCUAUCACCUCUUCCAUUUCCUUCAGACACUAUUCAUACCAUCUCGACUACCUCACAUUUAUUAAAAUCUACUGUCAAAGCUCAAAUUUUUAUUCCUUUCAAAUAAUUUCCUGCAAAAUGGGAAUGAUUUAACAGUGAAAAAUAAGAGAAUAUAAUGUGGGGGGCUGUCCAAUUGGGACUAUUGGCAGCGUUUCUUGUACUCUUUGUCCCUAUAGGUAUGGCAGGUUGGCACUUGAGCCGUAACAAAAUGUUAUUUUUCAGCUGUGCCCUCUUUAUUACCCUUGCUGUUUGUGUUCAUUUGACCCGUUAUUUCCCUUUAGUCUCCUUAAUGCUAUCUUCACCAGGUUCAGUUCCCUUAUCAUCAAGUGUAAAUCUUGAUUCUUGCAUUUCUUUAAUUCACCAAGUAGAAUUUGAUUUUCAAGAAUUGAAUAAUAAUAUUGAGAAUACUAGUGUGGGAAAUACCAUUUCUUGGAAGUGGAUUGACUCUGAACCUGUUCAAUGUGAUUUCCAGAAGUUGACCAAGUUUGAUGCUUCAGAUUUGUUUAAUGGGUCAUGGGUUGUUGUUGCUGGGGAUUCACAAGCAAAGUUAUUUGUAGUUUCUUUGUUGGAGCUGUUAUUGGGGGAAAAUGAAAUGGGGGUGAUUAAGGGGGAUUUGUUCAAGAGGCAUAGUGAUUAUAAAGUGUUUAUCGAUGAGAUUGGGAUGAAGUUGGAAUUUAUUUGGGCACCUUAUGUGAGUAACUUGACUGAUUUGGUUGUGGGGUUUGAAGAAAAAAUUAGUUAUCCUGAUGUAUUUGUGAUUGGGGCAGGGCUAUGGGAUAUGUUACAUGUAAAUAAUGCAACUGAUUUUGGUGUUUCCCUAAAGUUGUUGCGGGAUUUGGUUGUAUUGCUGCUACCAGUACCUUCAGAUUUUGCUAAUGAUGGAGCUGGCAUGAAUUUAGUUUCGAUUCGGUCUCCCAACUUCUUUUGGCUGGGAAUGCCAAAGUUGAUAAAUUCGAUGUUGAAGACGGAUGAGAAGCGAGAGAAGAUGACUGAUGUGAUGUGGCAGGCUUAUACUGAUGAGCUUUAUAGCAGUAAGCUGCUGCGACAAUCUGGUGGGCCCCUUUUGUUGCUGGACACUCAUGCGUUGAGUAAUAGUUGUGGAGCUCGUUGUACUACUGAUGGAAUGCAUUAUAAUGGGGUCGUCUAUGAAGCUGCAGUUCAUGUAAUGCUAAAUGGAUUGCUUAUAGAAUCUAAUCAGAAGCUGUAAUGUAGCCAGGGACAGGGUAAUUGAACUAGCUCUGUAAUUGCUAGAGCUUUCUUUGUAAUACGGGAUUCUUUUCCUGGUGCUACACUCAGCAACUGAAGAUCAGUAGCGAGAAGUUUUUGAUGGUAAUUCAUACGGAGGUUACCAUAUCCUCCUCCAGUUAUGUGUCCGCCAACACCAACAGUUGGGCAAAUUCCAGCUGGGAAGGCAUGGAUUUUGCUU